AUGCGUACCAAGCAUGACCCAACAUUGAAAUAUAUGGCCAAUGUUGUAGAUUUCGGGGAGCAUAGUAACAAUGAGAUCCAGCGGGCAGUGCUGCCACGCACAGAAUCUGGUUACAGUGACACGUUACUCAUCUUUGACGAUUUUGUCAAAUUACAUCCACAGGCCGUUAUUCCACCGGACAUCAGAACUUGCAGGGCUUUUCUCGAGUGGGUUGCAAGAGGAAUGAACGGUCGGAUCGAAGAACGGCCUACAGUCGAGACGAUUCAAGGGUUUUUUAGGAAAUUUGCCACUGGUAUGAAGAGAAAAAGAAACUUUGAAUUCCCACCAGCCACAAGGACUACAAUUAAUGAAUAUAUCGUGGGAGAAUUAAGAAUCAAGGUCCCUCUCUCAACUGAGCAAAUGAACAAAGAUGGCGGUGUAUCCCCAAAUGAUUUGAUCAUCUUGAUGACUCAAUUAUGGUGUCGAGACCACCAUGAGUAUCGUGGGAACCCUGCCGAUCGGGCCAGAGUCCAGCUAAGUGCUGCGAUGCUCCUAUAUUGCUUUACCUCUGCGCGCACAGGGGAGGUUCAUGAAUCAACCGCUCGGAGACACGGAGCCCGGGAGAUCGGGGAGGAGAGCGAGGAUGUUGACUUGGAAGCCCGCGUGAUGGCUGCCUGUUAUAAGCAUUUCGAACUCACAAUCGAGGUUGUGGAAAAUAUGAUCAUGCUUGUUCUCACCUACGAGCGCGAAUUUGUGAAAGGAUAUUGGCGAAAGACAAAAUGGGAGAUCCCUAAGCACGCAUUCUACGAUGUAUACGCCGAGGAAGUGCCUAUAUUUCUAAACCUUUUGACAUUCUUUUUACCAAUGGCAACCGCAGACAAAGCUUUCAGAGAUUACGGUUCAGUGAGCGAGAUCCUAGAUGCUGUCGGAAUGCAUGAGAAAGCCGGUCCUUCGGAGGAUAAGAUCCUUGAGGUGAUUCAUGUCCGGCAAGAAAUGCGCGAUCUACCGGUUUUUCGCCAAUAUCUUGAGCAUAAUGUCGAGAAUUUCAAAGGCCAUGCUAGAGGAGCGGAUUCCUUCGGUAAGGCCUUGGUUAAUCUAGGCCAUAGAAGUGGCUACACGCUGAAUAUCACUGUUCGGGCGUGUCGAAGAUGGGCCUUACAGCAAGCAGACAAGACAUAUUCCGAAUCUGUAAGAAUGAAGUUCGCUGGGCAGACCAAUCGGAACACGUAUGGAAAGUCAUACGCGCAUCCUCUCAGUGAGGUUGAUGGACCAGCAAACUAUCUCGGAAUUGCCAGCCGACAAGAACACAUCCAGAAUCGUCGGGGAAUGGGUCUUUACCGCAACUCCUCUUUAUCGCAGCUCCUUCCUGCAAAAGCUGAGUAUGAAUUUCUGGCCAGAGAAGAUGUUUAUGCUCUUGACCAAAUCAUGGCAAAGUUGAGUUUGAUGCUCUCAGACUCUUCGCCGGAAGAAAAACACAAAAUCCAACUCAAACAAAAGAGGGUCUAUAAUGAGAAACGGAGCCUCUAUAAUGAAGAGCUUCGAAAGGUCCAGGCGCAAUCAGGGAGGCAAUAUGGAAGUAUUUACACUGAAACCAUGUUCCACUACCGGAGAAAGGUAAUGCCUUAUAGAGACUUCUUGGCUAGCACGUUGCCUUACACCAUUUCAUACCGCGAUAGCCUUAGCCCUCUAGGCCAGGUCUGUCUCUGUGGAAGGUCUAUCGAAGAAUUCAAGGAUCACCGAAAAUGGUUACAUCUCUACCGUUGCUACUCAAGGAAUUACAAGUCCACCCACGGAUUUGCGCAAAUGUGCUUUGAAUGCGACGUAUGGGUUACCAAUGAAUCAGAAUGGGAGAGUCAUUGCCAGGAGCAUCUUGAUAAUCCAGGCGAUUUGCUUCGUUGUGAUCCCAUGAUCUUUCGGAACGCACCGAUAAAGCCAGGGCUAUGUCCGUUUUGCCUAGGUGCCAAGAGAGAGAAACCGUUAAAGAGGAUGUUUCAAUUCAUCCUUUCACUACCACAAUGGCACUCCCACAUUGAAAAUCAUUUGAAAGGACUCAAAUUUGAUUUCAACUGCAAGCAUCCAGCCUGCUCCACAAGCUUUAGAAGCCUGGAGGAGCUUACCUACCAUCUCGUGGACACACAUUGUUGGCGCCCUAGGCGGCAAUCGCCUAAGAAACGAAAGUGGACUGAGUAA